AUGCCUCAAGCUUCACCUCUAGUGUCAUCCUCACAGCCACAAAGGCCACUAGCUCCUCACAAAAAUCUUAAUGAACUGCAAGAUGUUUUAUUAACACUUACCAACACACAAACUCGGUUUCUGAAUGAGACAAGAUCUUCCAUUAGGAAUAUGAAGAUGCAAAUGGGUCAUUUGGUUAACAUGAUUAAUAAUAGGCCUCAAGGGAAUUCGCCUAGUACCAGGGUAAUGAAUCCCAGGGAACAUUGUCAAGAUAUUACUUUAAAGAGCGGAAAGCAAUACGAUGAGCCUACAGAAGGAGUGGUUUCUAAAGAAAAUGUAUUGGAGGAGCAUGAGAAGGAGAAUGAAUUUAAGAAAUUGCACAUUAACAUUCCUUUUACUGAUGCUUUAGAGCAAAUGCCUAGUUAUGAAAAAUUCAAGAAGGACAUACUUUUUAAGAAAAGGAAUAUGGAAGAAUACGAAACUGUGGCAUUGAUGAAGGAUUGUUGUGCUAUUCUGCAAAGGAAGCUUCCUCCAAAGCUUAGAGAUGCAGGAAGUUUCACCAUUGAGGCACAACCUAGCACGAUAACUCUACAAUUGGAAGAUCGAUCAGUCAAGCAUCAAAGGGGGAUUAUUGAAGAUGUAUUAGUCAAAGUUGACAAGUUUAUCUUUCUAGCUAACUUCAUUGUUCUUGAUAUGGAGGAAGAUGCUAACAUCUCGAUUAUUCUUGGAAGAUCAAUUUUAGCUACGGGGAAAGCAUUGAUCGAUGUUCAAAAAUAUGAGUUGAAGUUGCGAGUUCAAGGAGAUGAAGUGGUUUUUAAUGUUUUUAAAGCUAUGAAUUAUUCUAAAGAAAGUGGUAGUUGUUGUAGUGCUGAUGUGAUAGAAGGAGUUGUCUCGGUAACAAGUUUAGUUAAUGACUUUCUUGAACUAAGUCAUGCGAUUCUGGAGUUAAAGGAAGUUGUUUAUGAGGCCAUGGAGUAUUUCAAUUGGAUUAAUUCUUAUGGGCCUUAUUAUAAUAAAAAAUUUGAGGAAUUAGGUAAAGGGCCAGAGAAAACAUUACCUUUUAUUGAGAAGCCACCAGUCUUGGAAUUAAAGUCCUUACCAGACCAUCUUCAAUAUGCUUACUUAGGUGAGAAGGAUACAUUACCUGUUAUAGUGUCUUCAUCUCUUUCUAAUGUUUAA